CAGCAGCAGCAGCAGCAACAGCAGCAGUAGCAGCAGUAGCAGCAGCAGCAGCAACAGCAGCAGCAGCAACAGCAACAGCAAUACUAAAUCACACUCACCAGUAUAUCUACAGCACCAACACCUGGGGUAAUUGUGUCCCUGUAGCCUAGUACCAAUGGAGCCACCAGCACCGAAAGAAGUAGUGGAAGCCACCUCCACCCACAACUUUAAGCCCAAAUUCGACAGGAAAUUCGAACGCCAAGAAUGCGAAAUUACAACGCAAGAGGUACAACGAAGCCAUUGUAGGCGGGGUAUAAUGAGCUAAACCUCACUUUUUCGUAGUAACUAUAGGGUAAGCACUGUUAGGCAAGCACCAGGCGUAGCUACGGCCUUACAUGCUCUCGUAGAAGGGGAACGAAGCGGCACAGCUGAAUAGAAAAGCCUACAUGCGUGUGAUGGUCGAGGUAGUGUCAGGAGAAAUGACACUGGAGGCAUUAGAGUGACGGCAGCAAAUGUAGCGAUAACAGGAGCAGGAGCAGUAGUAACUACAAUAGUGCUAACAACAGCAGCAGAUACAACAGCAUCAAUAAUAACAACAGUAGCAGCAACUACAACAGUAACAACAGCAGCAGUAAUUACAGUAGUACCAACAACAACAAAAACGGCGCCAACAAUAGUAUCAAUAACAGCAGCUGCUUCAAAAGUAACAAUAACAGCAGCUGCUUCAAAAGUAACAAUAACAGCAGACAUUGCAACAACAUUAAAAGCAGUAGUAACAACAACAAUAACAGCAGCUGUAACAUACAAAACAGCAGCAUCCAAAUACGUGUAACAUCAACUACUUCAAUGAGCAUACGUAUCAACAUCAGCACUAACUACACCAAAAACAGCUGCAGCGCCAACAUUGUCAGGUGAAACUCUAGCAAUAGCACCAACCACACUCUCAGAUCAACGAACCUUUUCUCCUACUUCGUUGAUAGACAUAUACAAUAAUGGCCAAGACUAUUGGUACAUAUCUACGAUAAUAGUCAGGGUUAUUGGUAGAUUUCUAUGAUAAUAGUCAGGGUUAUUGGUAGAUUUCUACGAUAAUAGUCAGGGUUAUUGGUAGAUUUCUACGAUAAUAGUCAGGGCUAUUGUGUAAAUCACAUCUACGGCAGUCACUGACAGCAUAACAGCCUCCACAUAACCAACUGCGCCACCACCUCCAUCAUUACCAACAUCGUCACCACCAUCUUCAGCACCAUCUCCAGCACCAUCUCCAGCACCAUCUCCAGCACCAUCACCACCGUCUACAGGGUCUCCAGCACUGUCACCAUCUUAUCCAGCACAACAUGUCUACAAGUGGCUGCCCUGGGCAGCGUAUAGGCCUCUGGUGGAGGCCGAUUGUCUUUACCGUCUGGCUCACUCUGCACGUUGGCCACGUCUUAGUAUCAGGUGUGUCAGGAGGAGCCCCAACCCGAACUACAGCAGGAGGUGGAUUCACAACCGCAGAAGAUAUGAAGGAGGAGCGGGUGCUUGUGCUGCAGAAGUCUGGUACGCCCUCACCAGAGAGUUAUGUCCGUCUAGUCACGCCCUUCCCUAGACUAGACUCUUUCACCAUCUGCUACAGGAUCAGGCUCGUCAGAUUUCGGGAGGAAUCGACACUAAUGUCCUACGCUUUUUCUAUUGACCGGGAUAAUGAAUUUAGGAUAGACCAUCGUGAGGAAGAGUACAAGGUGUCGAUCCAGGAGUACUGGGCGGCCACGAAACUCGUCACACCCCUACGUUCCUGGACCCAUUUCUGCUUCUCCUACCAAAUGGAGAACGCCUCCUGGACCAUCUACCUGAACGGUGAACGGCGAGAUGAGGGGACCUUCCCUGCGCACACGUCCUCCUUGCAGACUGGGGGCGCCUUUGUCAUCGGCCAGGAGCAGGACACUGUGGGCGGAGGGUUCCAGCGAGACCAGAGCUUCUGUGGCGAGAUUACUCACCUCAACAUAUGGGGCGAGGUGCUCCAUCCCCUCACCAUACAGCAGGUGGCGGCUUGCGAGGAGGGUCGUCCAGGUGACCUGUUGUCUUGGGCCACGUCAUCUGAGUUGUGGCAGGUCAACGGAGAGGCGACCUGGGAGAUGAGGUCACGAGUCGACCUCUGUCGGCCCACCGGAAGAUUCCUCACGGUCUUUCCAGACCCGGUCACCUUGGAUCAAGCGAAGCGCUUGUGUCAGGUGGCUGGCGGGAGGGUGUUAGUGCCUAGUAACCCUCAGGAAAAUUCGUGGGUGUACCAGAGAACGCAGAACAUGUUUUCUCAUUGCUCCGGGGGAAUGGGCGCGAACUUCCUAUGGCUUGGGGCUUCUGACGCCGUCCACGAGGGACUCUGGACCUACCUGGACACUACCCUGGCCAUCCCGUGGGCGGGGCCCUGGAGGGGCGACGGGCCCAACGGAGGUACUCAGGAGAACUGUCUGGUGAUGCUCAAUGGCGAAUUCCCCGCUCAGUGGUCCGACAUUACUUGCCUCGACAGCUACUCCUUCUGCGUCCCCUGCGAGUUCAACCAACUGGAGACCAUAUACCUCAAGGGUCCCGCCGUGUGCCCUAACUCACCCUUCAACUAUCAGUACGUGUUGGUGGACGAACGUGGCACCAGCCGCCCCUCCCUCGCUGGGUUCUACCACUCUGACAUCUUCUGGCAAAACAGCUCCUGGUUCCUCCAGUCUCUCAAGGCUGGCGAGGUGUCAGCCUGGUGGACGCCGGGGAAGGACGGCAUGUACCCCUUCGGGACGCGGCCCUGGACGCUGGGCGCGGAGGUGUGUGGCAUGAACCCCGGCACUGUCGUCAACCUCACCCUCUCUGUCUGUAAAGAAGGAGAGUUCACUUGCGCCGAUGGUUCCUGCAUCGACCUGGCGAAGCGCUGCGAUUUGCGCAUUGAUUGCCCCGAUGACAGCGACGAGGCAGUUUGUUCCAUACUGGACAUUCCUCAGGGGUAUCGUACUGUCAUUCCUCCUCCCCCAAUCAACGACUCCCAGUCGCUACACGUCUCUUUCAGCAUAAAAGUAAUUUCCUUCCCUACUAUCGCCACGCAGGAUCUCCGCUUCACGGCCACCCUACAGCUAAGACUUCGCUGGAAGGACACGCGCCUCAAUUUUCAUAACCUGAAGAAGGAUCGAACUCUCAACCUCCUGUCUCGGGAGUCCGUCGAAGAUAUCUGGACUCCACUGGUGUUCUUCAGCAACGCCUUAGGCAACGUGUUUACCAACCUCGAACUGGGGUCUCGCGUAGAGUGUGUUCGCGAGGGACCGUCUGAACCUGGGCCUCACCACUUACCUGACGAAGUGAACGUGUUUUCCGGGCAUGAGAACAGCUUGGAGAUGAGCCAGCUUUACACUGCCUCUUACAGCUGUGACUUCGAUCUCAUCCGUUUUCCUUUCGACUCUCAGGUGUGUCGGUUGAGGUUCGCUCUGGUCUCCGCUGCGGCCUCCUUCAUGGUCAUGGACCCGCACCUGGCCACCUACAUCGGCCCCAAGUACCUGGUUGAGUACGAGAUCGGCGACAUCACCAUGCACCGCCAGGAGGAGGACGGAGGAGGAGAGAGCGAGUUCUCUACCAUAGAGGUGGAGGUGAGGUUCAUCCGUCGGUACACCUUCUACCUCCUCACCCUCUACAUCCCCACCACCUUCCUCAUCGUCAUCGCCUACGCCACCUUCUUCUUCCACCCGGACGACUUUAACUCGCGCAUCACCGUGGCCAUCACCUCCCUGCUGGUGUUGACCUCCCUCUUCACGCAGACGUCAAAUGCGCUGCCCAAGACGUCUUACUUCAAGAUGAUCGACGUGUGGCUCUUCUUUUCAAUCGUCGUCAUAUUCUUGGUCAUCUUACUGCAGACUCUCAUCAACUUCUCCAAGCCAGCGCCCUCUGCCACCACCACCACCCAUCACAACUCAUGGGCGGCCAGAAUGGCAAGUAAGUUGAUGUACGGGCAAGUCAGGACUUCGCAAAGAUCACCCCCAGUCAAUUCAGGAGCUGAUGAAGGGGAAGAGACAUCUUUCAGACGGGACCCUCGCCUUCAGGAGAACCACGCCGGCCUCCGCUACACGAACAACGACGCUUCUAGUUCUUCAGAGACUCGUUCUAAUUUCCCGAAGAGCGAGAAUAUUAUCUACGAACGUGCAAGUUUACGUCAGCGGGACAAACAGGAAGAGGACGCCCAGCGACAGAAUGUGAAGACCGGCCAGAAAGGGCGGGAAAGUCGGCCGCGCGCGGUAUUUGGAUCUUGGUUUCCUCCUAAAAACGAUCAGGACGGCGUCAAUAUGUCGCUGAUGGUAAAGAGUAGGAUCCUGAUUCCCGUGAUAUUCGCUUUGUUUAACAUAUGCUACUGGGGUAUCGCCUUUAUUUAGAGUAAUAUGUAUAUAUGACAAGUGGUGGUGUACGGCCAACACCUGUAGUUCGGUGUUGGCCGUAAGUCCGCAGCCACGGUCUACAGUUAUCGAAACAGCUUGAAUACACCUGAAUCGCAUUGAAUUCUCACUAGACAUGCUCCCAUUCCUUAAGGUUUGUCUAACAGUUUUAGAUAAGUCCGUUCAUCCCAAAUUAGUGAUGAGUAUUCAAUGAUAAAUGAUAGAUCGUAGUUCGUGAGUGGUAAUGUGUUAAACACGCCUCUGCAUCAAUGGGAUUUACGACCCUUCUUAGGCAUGCAAAUCUCCUGCGGUAUUUAGCUGCUACAUCUAUCAUUGCUACAUCUAUCACACCUACACCUAUCACUGCUACAUCUAUCUAGAGCUAAUAUAUAAAUUGAUAAUUUGUAUGUCAAGUUACUAAAGUCAGAUUAUCAUUAUUAUUACCAAUCGUAUUUUUAUUAUCGUAUUAUCGUAAUUUCUUAUUAUUAAGGAGUGUCCGGCUGCGUUCGGGUCUCUUUCCCCUCUUUCCCUUCUCUCUGCCUUUCUUCCUCCCCCCCUCGCCACCUUCUCUCUCAAUCCCCC